ACCAUUCGACUAUACCAAACGAUACACAAACGGUUUUCUCUUUUCUUCUUUUGGUGAACGAGUUCUUUAGAGAAUUGAAUGAACCAAUCCAUCGAGUUUGGAAGCGACAUGGUUCCUUCUAAUAGUAUAAUACUUGUCGGUGUUCCUAUUGAUGUACAGGCGAGCACCGAGCUUCUUUCAUGGGCCAUAGAGGUUGCGGCUCAGCCCGAUGACACUGUUGUUGCACUACAUGUUCUUGUUGGGAAGGACAGUACUGCAAUCGACAUGAAUAAAAUGCGUCGAGCAAAAGCAUUUGUGAUAUCCGUUCUUGGGGAGUUCGCCGAGCUCUGCCAAUCUAAGAAGGUGAAUUUGGAGGCGAAAGUCCGGUGGUAUUCCAGUAUUAGAAAAGGUCUUAUUGAAGAAGCGGCAUCCCUCGAAGCUGCCUUUCUAGUCAUUGGUGGCUCAAGAAACAGAUCACAAAGGACAUCACUUGAAAUUACGAAGCAUUGCUUCAAGCGUUCGCCGGAAGGCUGUUCUGUAGUCGCGAUCAGAAAAAGAGGACUGCCUCACCAAUAUUCAGAUUCAAAAUCCAUGCCUGAUGAAGGAUUUCACCAUUCAAGCUCAAAAGUAACUAACAAAGAUAUCCAAACUAGCAAAUCUCUUUCCUCUCUUCAAAAGCUUCUUAAAUCAAUGAAAAAGGGUGAGAACUCAUUCAACAAGAGUAAGAGUCUUUGGCAUUCUCCGACUGAAAGCCUAAGCGAAAAGUAUUCACCUAGAGCCGUUCUGGAUGGGCCUGAAGUUGGGGUCCACGUCAUGGAGGACUGCUUCAGUCCAGGGGAUUUCAGCAACAUUGACUCACCUCCAUUGGAACCGAAAUCAAGCGAGUUCAACCACCGAAGUACACAAACCCGUUCCAACAUCUGGAAGAGCUUGUCAAUGGUCAAAAUCUUCUCUCCUUUGUUCCGAUCUGCAGUCUAUGAUGAUGUAAAGGAGAAAGAAAAUUGCCCAUCUGAUGAAGAAAACCGGCUUCCUUCAUUGAGGUGCUUCAGCUAUGAGGAGAUUUCGCAUGCUACAAAUAACUUCCACCCAGAUAAUAUGGUGGGCAAAGGAGGGUAUGCAGAAGUAUACAGAGGCAAUCUCUAUGACGGACAGACGAUAGCAGUGAAGAGGCUAUCUAAAGACAAUACUGAUGAACACAAGGAGAAAGAAUUCCUUACAGAAUUGGGUGUAAUUGGGCACGUUUGCCAUCCAAACACGGCGUUUUUGAUCGGCUGCUGCAUUGAAAAUGGGCUCCAUUUGAUUUUCAAUUUCUCGCCAAAUGGAACCUUAGCAUCAGCAUUGCAUGGUAAGGAAUCACUAGAGUGGCCUGUCAGAUACAAGAUUGUCAUUGGAGUUGCAAGAGGCCUCCAUUAUCUUCAUAAAUGCUGCAAGAGACGUAUAAUCCAUCGGGAUAUUAAGGCAUCCAAUGUUCUUCUUGGACCAGACUUUGAACCACAGAUUUCGGACUUUGGGCUAGCGAAAUGGCUCCCGACGCAGUGGACCCAUCACUCUGUCAUCCCAAUAGAGGGAACCUUCGGGUAUUUGGCACCGGAAUACUUCAUGCAUGGCAUUGUCGACGAGAAAACGGAUAUUUUUUCAUUUGGGGUUCUGCUGUUGGAGAUCAUUACCGGCAGGAGACCUGUUGACUCCUCAAAGCAGAACAUUCUCUCAUGGGCAAAGCCUCUCAUAGAGUCUGGAAACAUCGCUGAUCUGGCGGACCCCAAACUAGGAGGCAAAUAUGACAUGGAUCAGAUGCACCGGUUAGUACUCACGGCUUCCUACUGUGUCAGACAGUCUUCGAUAUGGCGCCCAUCCAUGAGUGAGGUGUUGCAGCUUGUAACGGACGGGCAUGAUUCUAAGAUCACACUGAGCUGGAGGACGUCCGAAUACAAUGCCGAUGAGUUGGAUGAUUAUUCGAUGAACAUUGAUUGCCAGUGUCCAAUUAGUUACAAUUUCGAAGAUUAUCUGUAGCUCAAGAACUCAAAUACUUCCAUUUGUGAUACACCAUGGUAGUGGUGCAGAUACAUCAUAGACUAUGGAUUUUACAUAUGAUUUUGAAGCAUCGGACACUUUAUAAUACGUACAGGCCAUACGAUUGGGUUAGAUUUGUUGUUGUAGGCAGCAUUCGAGCUCAGUGUGAAGUAGCAGCUUCCUUGGGCCGAAAUGACUCUAAUUUAUCCAUUUCUGAGUUUUGGUUUCACUCUAAUAUACUGCAUUUGUUGCAAGUUCAAUCCAAUCCUUAAAAUAUUUUAGGAA